AUGAAAGAAAAGAGUUACGCUGAUGAGUUGAAAAUUCUUGAAAGUUUCAAAGAUACAAGGAAUGAACGGUUUGUGAAAGAGGAGAAAAAGAAAAAGAGCAGAAAAGCAACUCCGAAAGUUCAAACUGAGGAGGGUUCGUCAUCUCAGCCAAAGAAAAAGCGUCAAAAGAGAAGUGUUGAGACUAUGCUUGUUGACGAAUCUGAAGAAGAAGCUGAAGCUGAAGAUGAAGCUGAAGCUGAAACUGAGGUUUAUGUUGAAAGAGAUGCUCGUUUAUCUCCUAAUUCUGCAGAGUUUUUGAAAUCUCUUAAUGCUUAUAAUGCUGAGAAAGAAAAGGCAGCUGGUGAGGAAGAAGGUGACGAUGCAGAGAAAAGUUCGUCAAGCUCGUCUGAUGAAGAAAUUGAUGAAACAGAGCGUAUGAGGAGAAUUCAAGCUGAAGUUGCAAAAGAAAAACAGCUUAAAAGAAAGAGGAGAGAGGAGAAGGAUGAUGAUGUGUAUGUUCCAUCUCCUGAACAUGUGAUAGAAUCUCACACGCCUCCAUCUGGUGGUAGAAAGAAAGUCAGUGCCAGAAAGAGUGUAGUUUCUCCAAGAGCAGCAAGGAAGAAAUUGAUUGCGAGGUUGCCUAAACGCACACUGAAAACAAAAUCUAGUCAACCACCAUCACCACCACCUGAACCAUCACCACCUAAAUCACCACAUAAAUCUCCACCAAAACAACCUACACCACCACCAUCACCUCCACCACAUCUUUCACCAUUACAUCUUUCACCACUACAUCAAUCACCACCACAUUUAUCACCACCACACCAAACACCAAUCCAAGAACAACCUGUCCUUACUUCACAACAAAUUUUCCAAACACCACCACUCACACAACCACCUAUCCAAACUACACCAGGUUCUUCAGGUUACAAAACCUUUCCAAAUAUUCCAGAAGGUAUUACUCUUGAAGAAAUAGGUGAUUUCAACUUUGCAAGUGAUGUUCAAGUAAAGAGUUUGGAAAAGAAAGUAGAAGAGGUUUUGGUUGAAAACAAGAAGUUGUUGGAUAGAGAAAAGAAGUUAGAGAAGCGUGUAAAGUCUGUGGAAGCUGAGAAUACUUCAUUAUUAAAGAAAAUUGAAGCUGAUCAGACAGAAAUUGAUAUUCUGAAAGUCAAAGUUGCAGAAUUAGAAGAAGAGAAAGCACGCCGAGAUGAGCGGAAUAAGUACUUUGAAUUGAAAAACAAAGAAUUGGAAGCUGCCAAAGCUAUGAAAGAACAAGAGAUUUAUAUGAUGAAUAAAGUGCUAGAAAAUAUGCUUGGAAAUCACAGUGAUGAUGAUGACGAUGGUCAAGGCGGUGCUGGUAUUAAAGUCACUAAAGCGUCAAAUGAACAGAAUGUCGAUGAUUAUAUGCAUGAUGAUGCGAAUGAAGAACAUGAAAGUGCUGAAGGUGAGGGGGAGCACGUGGAUGAUCAAAAUGUUGAUAAAUUUGAAAAGUUGAUUCUACGUCUGGAGCCUGAGGUAGAGGAAAGGGAGUUCAGGCAUACGUAUACAAUGGCUGAUAUUAAAGAGAUGACGCGUAUUGUUGAUCCAGAUUUCAAGUUUGACUUUGAAGAAGAGUUGAACGCACUUGAUAUCAACCAACAGCCUGAAUAUGAGUACAAGUAUGUGGAUGAAGCCGAUAAUUAUGAUCGGGUUGAGGUUGAAGAUUGUACUGAUGAAGAAAGUGUGAAUGAAGACACUUCAAACUUUCCAACUCUGGUUGAGUUCUUCAGUCAAGAGAACAGAGAUGAACUGAGGGGAAAAGUUGCUGAAUGUUUGAAAGAUAAGAAUUUUGAUGGUACUACAAAAGAUCCACAGCGAGAAGAACGCAAGAAAUGGUUCUGUAAAGACACUGAAAGAAAGUUCAAGCGUCCUUUGAAGUUUUACAAGAGAGAUAGAGAUGUAUCACUUGGUGACAUCAUCAGCUGGGGUUUCUUGCCACAAGUGAAUGCAUAUGCGAUCAGAAGGGAAUAUGGUGUGUAA